AUGAAGAGUCUUGGCAAACCUGCCCGCCAGCUCCUGAAGCUGUGCGAGAACCGCGCGGCGUUCCAGCGAGUUCUUACGUUCAACUCAGCAAUGCAAAGAUGUAGUAGCCAUACAUCGCCACCAUGCACAUCAAGUAGCCCUAUAGACUUUGAAGCUAUCAAGGCCGAAAUGCUGGCUCGUCCAGUACAGAUACAUACUGAUUCAAUGUAUGCCACAAAUUCACGCCUCUUGACGACGGCGUUAGCCGAUUUUCUGCCUGAAGAGUGCUUAUUUGAGCUGAAAACCCCCAAGACAAGUGUGUAUCUUGGCGACACUGCUUUCGUUCCGCCUGGCCACCAUCUUGUAUAUUUCCCCCUUGAGCUGCGCGGCUCGCAGCUCUGUCCAGACGGUACGGAUCCCUACCACAGCCCUCGCGGAACGCCCUUCACGCGACGAAUGUGGGCCGGCGGCUCCAUUCAAGGCUUCGAGGGCCUCACCUUGGACGGAAGAGGAGGCGUGUGCGUUGAGCGAAUCGAGGAUGUCAAAGUCCACGGUCCCACGGGCUCUGAGAAAAUCUACGUCGAAGUUUUGAGGAUUUACCUAAAGCAGGACAUUCUCACUCAGUGGCAGAAGCGGGCAUCUUCGGAAUUCGAUCUUCCUAGAGAUCUAAGCGAGCAUGGCUUGGAUGGGAUGACAGAACGUAGGACUUUGGUGUUCAUGCGAGAGCUAAGUGACGAAAAUAAGUUGAUGAGUAUGGAGAAAAAACAGAAGGUUAUAAAAGCUCCAAGCCGGCCUAAAUACUCAGUCACGCUUCGGCCAACGCCAACUCUACUCUUCCAUUACAGCGCGCUCUCGUACAACGCGCACCGCAUCCACCUAGACAGUUCCUACUGCCGCGAGGUGGAAGGAUACCAGGAUCUCUUGGUCCAUGGGCCCUUAUCUCUAACAUUGAUGCUAUCUGUACUCAAAUCGAGCCUUACUGGGAGCGGCUACGACAUCAAUAAGAUUGACUACCGCCACAUAGCGCCGCUCUACGUUGAUCAGACUAUGCACGUAUGCUGCGCACCCCGAGCUAGUAAGUGUACAGAAAAGCAGAACGGCACUACAGGGAGGAACAAGUGGGACGUCUGGGUUGAGAACCAGGAUGGCGGUCUAUGUGUCAAGGGUACGGUUGAGACCAUGAAGAUUUCAAAUGAUGCAUAA